AUGUCUUUGACAGCUCAACGAUUGGUCGCAAUAUCCAAAUGGAAUGGACGUUUUUCCGUUUUAAACUACCUUGUCGCCGCUUCGACAUUGAGUGUGUGCAAUGAAUCUAAAGAAAUCCCUAAGAUAUACCACCUUGCGAUGGUAAUGAGUGAAGAAAAUUCGCCAGAUGAUUCUGCAUUGAUAGAUGCAGCCAACUCUGUGGUGACCCUUUGUGACAAAGCGGAGUCAAAUGAUGAUGCUAGCGCUUAUGAAAGUUUAUAUCAGUCACCUACUGUUCACCAAAGAGAGUUGACAGAAAAAUUCAGAGAGGCCUUAUUGAAAACCAGUCCGUUGGCAGGUCUACCAAAAGCAAUAAAUGGAUUGCGUGCAUUACAUAAUGUAACUCCGAUCUCAUUAUUAGCUCCGUAUCAACAUGUAUCGAAGAAUAGUACUAAUGUUCACGACCUUUUCCCGAAGACCAAACGAAAUACUGACUCGGACAAUGAGAUCGAACGGGGUAUGAAACACUGGAAUCAUCUUUAUGGUAAAGUCUCUGGAAGAGUCAUCAAUAACUUGAAUAGGUCAUAUCCAGAUCUUUGGUAUUAUACUAUGUCGCAUGCUUACGGGCCAUUGCUUUCGUAUUCUGAUGUGCUAGAUGCACAAGAAACAAGUCUAAUAAUUAUUUCAUCCCUUGUACCUCAGGAUGUCAACCCUCAACUUUGGGGGCAUUUGAAAGGAGCAAUAAAUGUAGGUUGUUCGAAAGAAGCUAUUGAGAAUGCAAGAACAUUGAGUAUUCAAAUUGCUCAAUGGUGCGGCGUUGAAUGGAAGGGAGAUGUAGUCAAGCUAUAG